GUUUUUAGUAUGAACACAGAAUUGCCAUCUGUUGAAAAGGAAUUCUAUCCUCAAGGAUUUGUGUUUAAUAAUUGCGACAGAAAUAAAGUCCUGGAAGAUAAGUUUAAGGUAACUCCUGCUUUUAAGAAGACUGGAACCACGAUUGUUGGUUUAAUUUACAAGGAUGGAGUGAUUAUCGCUGCAGAUCAAAGAGCCACGACGGACUCUCUGAUUGUUGACAAGGAGUGUCUGAAAGUGCAUUAUAUUGCUCCGAAUAUAUACUGUUGUGGAGCUGGAACUGCUGCGGAUGCAGACGAAAUUACAGAUCUUGUAAGUCACCAACUUGCUUUAAUGCGUCUUCAAACUGGCAAACAAAGCCGUGUCUGCUCCGCCAUGCAGCUGUUUGCGGACCGUCUGUUCCAAUACCAGGGUUAUAUCUCUGCCGCGCUGAUCUUGGGUGGAUGUGACAUAGAUGGAAGCCAUUUAUAUGGAAUCUGGCCAAAUGGAAGCGUUGAUUCUCUUCCGUACGAUACAUUGGGAUCGGGCUCCUACGCUGCCAUGUCGGUUUUGGAGCAUCGAUACCGUCCGGAUAUGGAAGAAAACGAGGCCAUCGAGCUGGCAGCGGACGCGAUCAACGCAGGUAUUUUCAACGAUCUUGGUUCGGGAGGAUGUCCGAACGUUCGAAUCAUUCGAAAGAAUGGAACGAGCGAUUUCCUGUACGAGUACCGAAGACAGAACAAAGUGGAGGACUUCCGCAGACAGUAUGCUCGUCCUGCGACGCUGAACCUGCCGCCAGGAAUUACCACGGUGAUUUCGGAGAAGGUGACGAUGGUGGAGAGAGAUUAAAGAGAUG